CUGGCCGGUACUAAUACGUGUACAUGUACUAUGUAUACAUUGCAUGUGACAUGUUUAGAUAGAUUAGUGUGCUCUGCUGGAACAUGAACAUUUUGCAGGAAGAUUAACCAGUUAACAUGGAUGACGAAUCGGGGAAAGACGGUUCUGUCCCUUUGAGUGGGGCACUGUAUCACGAAGUAGCUCCACAAAAGGUUUUGGUUACCAAGGCGUUUGUUGGUCUCACUGCUUUCAUGAUUGUGCUGUCAGUGAUCUUUUGUUUCAUCCGAGGGCAUGUUGAUUUCACCUAUUAUCUCAUGGCCAUCAACAUCCUCAUAAGUGCCAUUAUCAUCUUGUUCUCAUGCUUCUGGUACAAGACUGGAGAUUUGGAUCCGACAAAAUGGUGGUUCCUCAUCCUGGUCGGGACAGUCGUCAUCUUUCAGUGCAUCACGACGGACAUCUAUGUUUUCCAACAUGAGAACCCCAACAGCACGGCGCCCACAGUCGCCCCCCCACUCACUACACCAAACAGUGGGGGACCUCAAACGUUCCAACCGGCCUCCACAGUCAAGUCACUACUAGAGGCAUUAGGGGGGAGUGGUCAGCCCGACUGAAACGGACAGCAGACCCUUGGCUAGAAUUGUCAGGGAGGGUUUCUUUGAGGAGGAAUCUCCUCCUCUCAUUACAAGGCCAAUCCCCAAAUUAAAUGCUUCCAUUUACCCGAAUCCUAACCUAGAAAAUCAUGCAGAACCUAUGUAUCUUUGUGUUAAAAAUGAUUAUAAAGAUUACACUUUAUGGUGCCAACUUCAGAGCAAAGAGUUUGUGUACGUUAUGCCGUAUUUUUGUAGCUUUUGUUUUGUCUCUGAAAGCUGGUCAGAAUGAAAAAGUGUUUUGUUCAGGUGUGCUUCUGCAAACUUGUCCCUUCAAAAUUGUGACAUUCUUUAAUGACUCAGCGAGUGCUUUUAGUGUUAUUUAAAUAUGAACAGUGUUAAAUAUGGCAGUGUCAUUUACUCUUUGUUCAAAGUGGAGAGAAAAUUACUGACACUGGUAACCCUAAUAUUUUUGGCUGAAAACAUCCAAAGAUUUUAUCCACUUGCCAAUUCUAUUGUUUGUUUGUUUUUUCAGUGUAGCAGCAAAUGCAUUUUUUUUUUUGGUUUGGUCUGAAGAGAUCCCCAGAAACCUGACAAAUUAGGUACUGGGCUGUGAUAAUGUGGAUUAUUAAAGGUGUAAUUGUGCUAAAGAGAAAGGGGUCCUUAUGAAGGGCCAGCUACUAUAUAUUUUGUUGUUUCCACUUAUAAAUACAUAUCAUUUCGCCCCAACUAUAUAGGACAGUCAGUCCCAGGAAUUCCUGCCAAAGUAUAGCAUAGAAUACCAGUAUGUGCAAUGGCAUGUGUCAGUGUCAUUUGGUUUAUGUAGAUCCAUGCAAACAGAACCUUGUGUUAGUUUAUUCAUGAAUGAAUAACCAGCCCAAUUACAACAUUACAGUUCGGGGUGUCCCAAGUACAGUUUGGACUGAUGCCAUUAUUGGGAUGUAACAUUAUUAUUCUUUGUUUUGCCAGUCAACCAAUAACGGUGUUUAUCAUAAUUCCAAUAAAGUCUGGUCUUUAGUUUUGUUGAACUCCUCUAUGCUAUUUACAUGAUGAAAAAAGGUAAAGAAACAAAACAGGUUCGUGUUGGGCAUCAUUGCCCACUUCGUUUUUGAGGGUCACAGCGAUUUAUUGUUUAUUUUACCAGAGGGAAAAUGAGGACAGAGAAUGCAAGUAAGUUGACUGGUCAAUCAAAAAUAGAAAACCUGCUAGUCAGAAUUUCCGUCUUGAUGCAGUUGGUCAGUUUCCACAUUGUGCGAUUGUUCAUUUUGACCUCCCAACAUGUUUUCACACGGCUGCGACCAAAUACAUGUCCUUGGUUUUGCUGUAAAUUGCACCCGCAUCAAUGGAAGUGGUUGUAUAUUUACGUCUUGUGAUACAGUCCUACAGACUAACAACAAACGGUAUAAACCACUUGAGAUAGAUUGAAUUAUCUUCAAUUUCUUGUCUAACACGUCUCUUUCAUUUUUGGAGAUCGAAAUUUUUAAAAGGAAUGGUGGCAAGUCUUCAAAGUAAAAAGCCUUGCCCCUUGUCCCCCGAAACCCAGACGCUAAAAGUUAUUACUUGGCCUACUUUAAUACAUAAAGAUGAAGAUACCCACUCAAGCCAUAUCAAAUUGAAAUUAUGAUUAUGAAUUUGAAAUAGAUUGAAGAUUACCGAGAGUAAA